CCCGAGCGAGUAAAAGUCGAACAGACACCACGCGCUCUACCGAGAACGUAGAAUGCAGAUAGUGUUGUCUCUUUCUUACGAGUACACUGUCUCAAAUGCUGGCGAACUCCGCGUACUUUACCGCAGUAAGCAACAUGGGAACGGGAAAUACAAGUGGGCGCAGUAUGUUUUAAGGUUACCACUUAUCUAUUUGAUAUCAAAUUUGUGCAAGGAAACAAGAAAAUGAUGUGCAAAACAUCUCGUAUAUCAUCCAAGAAGUUACAUUUCAAUUUAGGCUAAUUAAAUUAUUCGAUUACUUACGAGUGAAAUGCACCCAAGUGAAAAAUGGACGAAGUAGUAAUACAAUCGUUUGACAACAUUACUAGAGAUUCGGAAAAAUGUUUCGUUAAUGUGAAACCAGCUGACAUGGAUUCAAGUUUGCAAUGCGAUAAUGGUUCGAAAAAAGAAGAAGUCACUUCACCCACAAACGCAACAAAAGAUUCGUCAAACUACCUUGAUAACUCAUUGGUGAUGCCUGACGAUAAUUUGGAUGUACGGAAAGUACACAGUUCAAAUAAAAUCACAGAGGUAGCCAAUCAACGCCUUAAAAAUUUAUGUGGUCAUGAAUUAACCAGUCUAGAAAAUGAAGAUAUAUCAUCAACAUUUCAGCUUUCAUUAAUAAACAGCAGUGAAGAAGUGAAUUCAAGUACGGAUCUCACUCGGUUAAAAAAAUUUGAAAUGACAAAAGAAUUGACGAAUGACACUCUACUUACAAAUGACUCUGGAAAUAAUGAAGAAGAAAUUAACUUCAAUCAUACGCCUGAAAAUUCACCAAUCCAAUUACCUACUCCGAAAGCACUGCCUGAAGAUAAUUUUGAAAUAUCAUUGAACAGUACAGAUACUCCUGGAGUUGUGCCUGAUAAAAUGAAUAUUGGACAAACAAGUGAUGUAACACUAAAUAAGGAAGAUGCAAUAUGUCAGGUUCAGGACGACAAGAAACAAGUUAUUUGCAAUUAUCAAAGCAUGCUUUCUGAUAAUGACAGAGAGCAUACUAUUUUAAAUAACAGUGAUCAGAUGGCACACACAGUAUCGUCUCAACCAACAAGUCCACAGAGUUCAGCAAUUUAUUGUCACGGUCAGUCUGUAAAAUCAUCCGGUGACUUAAUUCACAGUGACCCUACUACUGAUUUAAGUACAAUACAUAACAUUAAUAAAUCCUCUCUUGCCAACGAUGCAAAGCUAGUGAAAUUCUCAGUAUCCUCUAAAUCAAUGAACAUACUGCAGUCAAAUGCUCAAUUUUUGAACAAAAGUAGGAACUUUCUGAAUUUCAUUACAGAAAAGUCAACAAAUAUUAUGGAGAAAACUUUGUUACCUCAAAAUUUAGCUGCUAAAUAUAACAACAUACUUAGAAUGACAGAGAACAACCCCACAGAUUAUAAAAAGUAUGUAGAAGGGAGUGGAACUAGUUUAAAUUCUGUAGGAAUGGAUCUAACACCGAAUGGUGACGAUAAAGCAGUGCACAACACUCAGGCUAGCUGCCAAAUUAUGUGUGAUGUAACAGAUGAGUCACAACAUAUAAACACCAGUAAUUUGUGUAACAGAGUGCAACAACAUGAAUCCACUGCGGAACAAUUUAGUAUUCAAGAUAAUUCUACGAAUGAAGAUGGAAAUUCAUUCCAUAACCAUUCCAUGAAAAAACAUGAGCCUGAUUCUACUAUUAUACCUCAAGAACAAGAAACUGAAACAUCAUUACCUUCCAAUGUACCUGCAGUUUCAACUUCCAAGAAUAGUAAACCAAGUCAUGAUCUUCAAAUGCCAAAUCGAAUUGUUGAGGAAUUGCUAAACAAUUUGGAAUUCAACAGUGCUCAAACAAAUCGAGAUACAGUUAGUUCAGUUAAUGUAACUAAUUCUCAUUUGCCUAAUAAAACAGUAGUAGCAAUGCAUGCACACAAUCUUAAUAUGCUGGAUGGGAUUGACAAUACUAAUUGCAGUAACUGUACGAGUAGCAUAGAAAUUAAUGAGCAACUGUUAAUGAAAGAGAACACAUCUGAUGAUGUAAUAUUAGUUACUCGAAAUAACAGCAAUUCUGAUACUUCACCUAGUUCACAAUCAGUGUCAAGUGAACAUUUCAGUCGGGAGCACGAAAGUGUUGAGCACAAUGCUGUUGAGAGCCAGAGAGAUAAAUUGAUUGAUCUCGGGUUGCUUGACCAGCCAGUUUAUGUGACUCUUGUAAGAGAUUAUCGCACUUUAAAGGAAGAAAACAGCAAGUUGUCAGAGACUGUGCUGAAGUUGGAAAUGGAAAACCAAAGAUUCGCUGCUGAAAACAGCAGUGAAUUAUAUGUUUUGCAGCUAGAAACUCUUGAAAAAACAAUUGAAAAACUGAGAAGUGAUUUGAGGCAAGCAACUGCUAAUCAGGAAGUACUUAAAAAAGAAUAUCUUCUCGCUAAUAAAGAAAAGGAAAGCAUGGUCAUGAAAUAUGCGAUUAGCGAAAAACAGCUUAUAGAGACGCAAAGAGCAAGAGAAUAUGCAGAACGUAAAAUCAAUGAGGCUUUUAAAGAACAAGAAUUACUACACACCAAGUUGAAACAAGUACAGGGUGAACGUACAAGAAUAUGCAACAUUCUAGAUGGAAAGUGUCACGAGCUAACAGAUGUUCAGAAAGAAGUGGAUCGAUUGAAAGAAGAAUUGAGCAUGCGAGAUGUUAAAUUGAAGUGGACACAAAAUAAAUUGAAGACUGAAUUAGAAGCUCAAAAAGAAAACCAACAGAAAUUAGAUAAAGCAAUGAUUCGGAUUAACGAAAUGAAAGAAGAAUGUGAGCAGGUACGUAAGGAAUCGCAUGAAACGAUUCGCAAAUUUCAGCAAUCUGAAGAAAACAAAGUAGUCACCUUGGACCAACAGCUCAAAGAGCAGCAAGCGCGUUUAAUUCUAGAACGCCACGUUACUGAAGACAAAGAAAUGUCCAGACUUCAGCUACAAAAAGAGGUGGAAACAUUGAAACAAAGGCAACUUGUAUUGAUCGAAGAAAAUAAUACACUCAGUUUAAAAGUUCAAAACCUAGAGAAAGAAAGAUUAAACUAUGAAAAUAACUUAAGCAAUUUAAAAGUAAUUGCUGACCAAAGACAGAAAGAAAUUGUUGAUUUAGUUGGGAAAGUAUCUCAACUUGAAACUUUGAAAUUGCAACUGACACACAAAGAGCAGUUGUUGUCAUCAAAUGAUGCAGAAGUCGAAAGACUACGUCAAUCAAACACGGAGUUACAGGCUGACAUGGAAUGGUGUCGUGAGCGUGAAGCACAUAUGUUGGAUUUUACCCAAAAGCUGACGGAUAAAAAUGUUCGUCUACAAUCUGAGUUUACUGCAAUUGAAGCUAAGAAUGAACAGUUGGAAUUGGAACAAGGUCCCUUGCAUGAUCAAAUCAAAGAACUCUCUGCUAAAGUGAAAUUACUGGAAGUCAGUUUGUCGUCAGAAAAGAGUAAGAGAACAGAAGAAUGUGAACUCUUGGCUAGACACGUGGCUGAACAAACACAACUCGCUCGGAAUUUAGCCCAAAAAUUAGAAGAUAGUCAAGGAGAAAACGCAGUCCUUCGAAGAAAACAACAAAUUUCUGUUAAAGAAAUGACAAAAGAAUUACAGAUGUGCAAAAAAAGAUUAGAUGCAUAUGAAAGUGGCUCACCGAGUAACUCUCUAGACCAAAUCUCCCGAACUGCUUCUAAUUCAUCGUUGAGCACGGGUGAAACACUUAAUGGUGCUGUAUCCGAUAAUAGUAAUAGUGGAGAUCAUACAUUACAGUCUACCGAACCAGACAGACAAACUUUGAUAGAUAGAAUAGUAAAAUUACAAAAAAUUCGUGUUAAACAGGCCGAGAAGUUGGAUUUCUUGGAAGAACAUACCAGAACAUUACUCAACGAAUUGCAGAAGAAAUCAAAAAUUAUAAAAAAUUAUAUUCUGCAUGAAAAUCCGGAUGCAAUGGGUAGUAAUGAACGUGAUAGAAAUAAGCAUAUCAAAGGCAGACGCAAUGCUGCUGAGCUAGCUAGACAUGGUGGUAUUAUGGCAUCGGUAUAUAAUCAACGAGUUUCUGAUGAUAAUAUGACACUGGAGCUGUCUUUAGAAAUAAAUCAGAAAUUGCAAGCUGUACUGGAAGAUACAUUACUUAAGAAUAUUACUUUGAAGGACAGCAUUGACACAUUGGGUGGAGAAAUUGCACGGCUUACCAUACAGAACAAGCCAAGACAGUGAAAUUUGAAAAAUCGUAUUUGUCCUCGGAAUGACAGUGAACAACACUGUGAAGUGAAAAUCUUAGCAAUGCUGCUAACCCCGAAUGACCGUAUUCUGGUGCUAAAAAUUUUCUGGAUAAAACCAGAACCAUAGAUUUCGAAAAGUGAUUCAGCGGUUGCCCUACUCUAAAAUGGCAAUUCACUAAUUGCCAUAAAGUAAUUUUACAGCGUGGUCAAAGUACUACAUCUAGUCACGAUUCUCGUUAUUUAUGGCGGAGUAUAAAUAUUUCACACUUAACCAGUAUUUUGUUACCAUGCAGGGACGGCAGAAUGUAUAUUUCUGAGGUGCAGAGCUGAGUGUAGGUGUGUGGCUUAAUUUGGACUAGCAUAAAAUAACACUGUUAAACUUUUCAGUCUGUCCUAUACAAAGUACACUUUUAUUUCACUUUGAUAUACCGAAAUUUGCUUUUCUGCAGUUGUUAAGGUUGAUGAAUUCGUUUAUCAGAAGAUCAAGAUCUAAUUCUUCAGGUCUAUCUUAGUGAAUAUGGAUUAUAGAUACAUCGUCCAAGUGAUCUUGCAGCAUCGUUGAUAUUCAAGUAAUUGAAACAAAAGUGAAUUUUUUGAAACUACAGAUAUCUGCGGUAUGGAAUUCCACACCUACUGAAUUUUGAGGUGUGGAGUGCUCCACACCUACCAUAGUGGCUAAGCCGCCCCUGUUAACAUGAAAAUGAAAGGUUGCUGGAGUCAACCGUGAUGCAUAUAAUUUUUAAUAACUGUUGAGAUUUUUCGAAAUACCCUAUCAGACUCAAUGCAAUAUGAUUUGGAGAAAAAUAAUUAAGUGUCGUAUUAGAACUUUUAGAAUCAGGAGUACCGAUUUAUUUUAGAUGCCUUUAUUUGUAUAAAUUUUGUUUUGUUAUAUUAAUUUUAUUUAUUAGUUUUAUACUCAAAUUUUUCUAUAUAUAACCAGUAAUGAAUUAAUAAUUGAUGCCCAUAAUAUUUUUUGAUCAGGGUAUAAAUUUGUUAACCUCUUACAUUCCAAAAUUUACCGUUACAGAAAUAUACGUAUGCUGUCACAUUGCAGUAACUUACACGAUAAAUCAAAUUACGUAAUUGAAAUUGAGCUUAUAAAAUAUGUAUAUUGCGCUGUACUUAGGUAAAAUAAAUAUAUAUGUACAUACAUAUUGAAGUAUGUGUGAUAGCUACAAAAUUGUAGACAGCGGUGUAAAUCCUUUGUAAGGACGAAAACGAAUACUGCAAGAUCGAUGAAAGUGUCCGGUAGUUAAUUUCAGAACGGAAUAAAAUUAAAAAUUUUACUGCUUACAUAUAUUUUAUCGAACAUGUUAUAAUUGUUACUGGUUGUAAUAUCCUUGCAAAUAAUGCACCGACCUGGGAUACUGCUUAACAAACUUAAAAAAGAUGUACUAUGCAUACGUAUGUGUAUAUUGAAAAAAGUAAUACGUGAAUGAAGUAUUUUCAAAAAUGUA